AUGCCACUGCACAACUACCAGCUCUGCCAGAAUGCACAGGGAGACCACGACACCUUCGAUACUAACACCACGAAGCGAGACUGCUUCCAGCAAGUACUCCCUCGGUAUGGCUGCACUGCCGGCGACAGUCCGUGCUUCUGCAGCAAUGGCAACCUCACAGCAUCCAUGACCGCUUGUGUCCUCGCGAACUGUACUUUGGCGGACCGCCUCCCUGCCCAAAGAUUCAAGGCCGACACCUGCAAUGAGCCAGUGCGGGAUCGAGGAGGACUCAGCCGGCGACUCUGCUGGGCUAUGUUUGUGAUAGCUACGCUGCUCGUGCUAUGCCGCUUCCUUUCGAGGACGCCCGUGCUUGGCGGGCAAGGCUACAGCUGGGACGAUUGGACGGUCCUCUUCUGCUACGUACUCCUAGUACCCACGGAUGUCACUGCUGAGAUUGAGGUCCAGAAUGGGCUCGGAAUGGACAUGUUCAUGCUCAGCGUGGAUCAGAUCGUCACGGUCUUACAGAUGUUCUAUCUCGGCGAGCUCUUCUACAACGUCAUCGUCAUGGGGACCAAAAUGUCUCUGGUUUUGCUCUAUCUUCGGAUCUGGACUGCUGACUCGGUCACCCCAGCAUUUCGAAUAGCAUGCUGGACCUUGAUUGCAAUCCUCGCCUCUACCGCAGCCGCUGGAGCCUUUGCCAUCAUAUUCCAGUGUACACCAGUAUCUUACGCCUGGCUCUCAAUUACCGGAGAGAUUCAAGGGAAAUGCAUAAGGAUCGGGGCAUUUACCUACACAUUCGGCGCGCUCAACAUAUGCUACGACGUUAUCGUAUUCUUCCUCCCAGUCCACUCGCUCCUCAAGCUGCGAAUCACCUGGCCUAGGAAAGUUGGCGUGAUCGGAGCAUUUCUGGUCGGCUUCUGGGUGACGAUUUGUUCGAUUGUACGUCUUCAGUACCUUGUCCGCAUAGACGAUUCGCAGAACAUCACCUGGGACUUCCAGUACAUUGGAAUGUGGAGCCUAGUCGAGGCGAAUUUCUCCGUUGUCUGUUGCUGUAUGCCAGCUAUGGCCGGACUAGCGCAGAGGAUUUAUGCAUGGUAUUGGGAUUCCGAGCUGACUUUCAGCGAUGAUCCCCGCGAAGCCAUGAAAGACCUGGAAACGAACACGACCGAUAGCUCACAGCAUCGUGGCUCUAAUACUGGUCGCGUCACGGACGUCGAGAUGAUGGCGCAGAAGGCAGCCUAUCAUGCUCGGGGCGAUAUGGAUGACGAGAUGGGCAUCUCGACUGGCAUCGACCACCACGCAGUGAUAUCCGCAAUAAUGUAUCGAGAUCGCCCCAAUGCGCGGAACGUGGUGAAUAUAAGCCAUAUACCACCCAACCAGGCUUCGAGGACUUUGUUACGGUAUCGUGAUCAGCAUGAUAUACUGCAUGAGGUAGAAAUCAUCGACAGACCACAAGCAAGGAUGUCUGGGCGUGAAAUCGCGGACCUAGAGCAAGCGCAGCUGGACAAUGAUCCACUGCCAGAGGCAAAAUGGCAACGCGCUGAGUGGGAGUUGUGUGAGCGGGAUACCAGCCGCGCGCCCUCGCCUCGAAUGCAGAGGUUUCCGGAUCUGUGA